UUGCACCGUGCAUCCAGUGUACCAGAGCAUGUUUAUAACAUGGGGAUUACUGAAAAUUAUUUUGCACCAAGAAGUCCAUAUAGUUUCUCAUCUUACCAGUCAAACCAGGUUGCCUCACCAUCCUCCUAUACAAAUGGCUGGGGGACAAGGAUUGCUUACAGGACAAUGGAAGAGAGAGCUCAAAGGCAGCCCCUGAAGAGACUAGAGGUUUCACCCCAACGAAGUCCAGAAAGAUUGGCAUAUGUGUCCAAUGAUUUUCACUAUGAUGGAGGGAUUUCAACUGGGUUCUCCAUGAGGCAUGGUGAUAGCAGGAGAUCAAACGGGACUGUCCCACCAAGAUACGCUCGGUCUGAGAUUGUUGGUUACACCCUCCAUGAUUCAGUGAACAGGGGACGCUCUUUCAAGAGACACUCCCGCAUGGGAGCUGUUAAUGAUGCUGUCCUUGACGGGGUCUACCCCAGCCCCACUGCACCUCUGUACAAUCAAGCAGGCAACAGUCGCAGUAUGACCAACCUUCUGGAGAAGGAAAACUACCUGACCUCGGGCAAUGCGAUGGGACAAGUGAGAUCACCAACGGCUUCCUACGUGGGGUCUCAGAACAGGCAAUCUGUAAGGUCCAGUUUCUACCAAACUACUUUCAGAAACACACAGAGCAGGAGGGAAGUUUCCCAGCCAGCUUCAGUAACCAGUGUCACUGCAGAAACAGAUGGGAAGAGGAUACCAUUGACAGCUGCUGUGGCUGCAGCAGGGAGAAAUGUCUUCCUGCAGAGUGAGCAAGUCCCCAUCAACGGAUCUCAGCUAGGGAGCCCAGAAGUGGAGAUGACAUUGGAGCGUGCAGUGAACAUACUGAAGAGUGAAAAUACACAGUCCACACCUAGAAUUCUUGCUGCAGUUACUUUCAUACAGCAUGAGUGCUUCCAGAAAGCAGAUGCCAGAAGAAAAGUUUUCUCACUUGGUGGUAUCCCCAAACUUUUACAGCUUCUUGAGGUCCAGAAUGAGGAUGUUCAGAGAGCAGCGUGUGGUGCUCUGAGAAACUUGGUGUUUGAGGACAAUGACAACAAACUGGAAGUGUCAGAGCAGAAAGGGAUCCCACUUCUGCUCCGCCUGCUCCGACACACCAGGGAUGUAGAGACGAAGAAGCAAAUCACAGGCUUGUUGUGGAAUUUGUCCUCCAACGAUCAGCUGAAGCACCUGUUGAUUAGAGAAGCCCUGCAGACCCUGACUGAAGCUGUUCUCAUCCCUUACUCAGGCUGGCCAGAUCGAGAUUACCCAAAGUCAAGUGUCUUACCUGACCCUGAUAUCUUCUACAAUGCCACAGGAUGCUUGAGAAACAUGAGCUCUGCCGGUCCAGAAGGAAGGAAAAAGAUGAGAGAAUGUGAUGGCUUGAUUGAUUCUCUUGUGUAUUAUAUUCAAGGAGCUAUUGCAGACCAUGAGCCUAAUGACAAGGCCACAGAGAACUGUGUGUGCAUUCUUCACAAUCUUUCCUACCAGCUAGAGCUAGAACUCCCCGAGAGCUAUACCCAGAGCAUAUAUAUGCAAAGAAGAAAUAUUUCUAGCCAUGAUAAGACACCAGGCUGUUUUGGAACACGGAGCAGAAAAGUAAAAGAGAAGCAGCAGGACACUCCACUACCUGAGGAAAAGAGCAAUCCCAAAGGUGUUGAAUCACUCUGGCAUUCUACACUGAUUAGGAUAUAUCUCUCCUUAAUAGCAAAGAGUACCAGAAACUAUACCCAGGAAGCAUCCCUGGGAGCUCUUCAGAACCUCACAGCUGGCACUGGACCAAUGCCAUUUGCAGUGGCCAGGACUGUUGUUCAGAAGGCAAAUGGCCUUCCAAGUAUUCGAGCUAUGCUGCAUGUCAGCCACCCAGCAGUGAAGAAAACAGCAGUCUCACUGCUCAGGAACUUGUCUCGCAACACCUCUCUGCAAAAUGAUAUAGCUAGAGAAGUUUUGCCUGAUUUGAUCUCAGUGCUUCCUGAGUCUGUCCCAGGGUCUGACAUUGUCUGUGAAACCACAGCAUCCACCUGCUACACCUUGUACAACCUGACCCAGAGCAGUUCGCACAACGCGCGGCUCCUCCUCAGCGCUCACGGCUUACCCAAGAUUAUUGCCAUUAGCAUGAGUGACAGUAACAUGUUCAGCAAAGCUAGUAGGGCUGCUUCAGUCCUCCUCUACUCCCUGUGGUCACAUACUGAUCUUCACAGCACUUACAAAAAGGCUGACUUUAAGAAGGCAGAUUUCAUCAACACCCGGACCACAAAAGCCUAUAACUCACUAAAAGAUUGA